AUGAAUAAUACAGAUGGAAAAUGCCCUGGUCCAUUAUUGCCUAGCUAUGGAAAAAAUCUUGAUAACUGCCUUGAUGAUUGUUGUCUUCCUUGCCCUUUUCCAAACAAUUUCUAUCAGGAAGGGGCGCUGGAUCGUGCCUAUAAAAUAUUCAGUUCAUUGGGGAUAAUUUCGUUCUUCCUAAUGCUCUUUUUGGCAGUCACUUUUAUCGUACUACCAAGUGCGAAACGAAAUCCUACAACUAAGCAAUUAUUAUUACCAUUCGUUUUGAGUGUCUGCAUUUUCACUUUUGAAGGGUUUUUCACCGUGCAGCAGCGUAAAAGUCAGAUAUCGAUUCGUGCGAAUUGGAGAUCAGAGUCUCAUGUAAAGGAUUCGAACAUCAGAUCAUCGAUGACUGAAACGCAAAGAAAAUUCUCGGAGAUAAAAAUGAUUUUCAUGAUGCAAUGGCGUGCUUUACUAGGCGGAUUACUUAUGCUUGUCCUUUAUCUAUUUGACUCGAUCUAUUUUGUCCACUUGUAUCCCACUCGAAUAGACACUUCUGAAGACUGGUUUCUUUCUUGGCGAGAUUGCAUUUAUAACAAUUCGCAAGACGAGUGUGCCAGUAAAGCAUCAGGGCAUCUUCCGAGUUAUUCCGUAGCAAUAUUUAUGCUUUUUCUCAAUCGUUGUGCGGGUAUACUGAUCUUUAUUAUAUUCGCGGCGAAGAAAGGGUUCCUGACCGAAAUUUAUCAAGUGAUCACAGGACAACCUCCAUCGAGUAAUUUGGUGGGAUCGAGAUCUGUGGGAAGACACAGUACAACACUUGUUAUUAAUGAUUCCAAUAGCAGACCUCGAUCAAUUGCUCUCAGUGAAAAACGCAUUAGUAGUUUUCAUUGGGGAACAUCUGAACCCGCACCAAUACCAUUAUCUUUGUCAACUCGUAAAAUCACCGAUAAUAUUGCUCUUCAACAAAUUCAAACUAAAUUACCAGCACCAUUACCAUUUGAUGAGAUAUCCAAUAAUCUUGGGCCUCCGCCACGUUCUCCUCUUAACAGCAAAACAUAUUCGCUGAAUGACUCUACUCGAUCAAAUUCGCCCACUCCCACUCACGGAUCAUGUGCAAGAGCCUCAUCUACGAUAAUCCCAAUUUCACCGAAAUCCCCAAAUAGAAUGUCAUUUCCUAUUGAAAAUCCACCAGAAAUAUCUCAUUCAUCUAGAUCUUCAGUUUCCUCGGGACAUAAUUCUUCUAACGAUCAAUCCACACCAGAAUGGCUUACCCCUUUUAAAUCACAUAAUUUGCAUGCACCAUCUAUGGCACGAGCUUCUUUUGGUCUUGUUGAUUCUCCACCGGACUCUGCAGGUGAUAUUAGACAUAUAUCUAUUACUGGUCCAGUUUCGCAAAAGACUAUUGAAUCACAUGAAAAUCUCCAUGUACCAGAUAAAGACACAAAUACUCGUUCUAGCGAGAUUAUAGAUGUACAUUUAGAGAUUCAAUCGGACGCAUCGACGUCAUUUAAAUCUAAUGAUGAAAGAGAUCUCAAAGAAAACGAAGAGGAGAUUAAAAAAGAUGAUGGUGAAAGGACAUUAACAUUUGGACAUGAAGAAGAAGAAAUAUGGGAUCCUUUGAAUUUAAAUGUUGUAUCGUCGGAGAAUACAAAUGAAGCAGGGUUCCUGACCGAAAUUUAUCAAGUGAUCACAGGACAACCUCCAUCGAGUAAUUUGGUGGGAUCGAGAUCUGUGGGAAGACACAGUACAACACUUGUUAUUAAUGAUUCCAAUAGCAGACCUCGAUCAAUUGCUCUCAGUGAAAAACGCAUUAGUAGUUUUCAUUGGGGAACAUCUGAACCCGCACCAAUACCAUUAUCUUUGUCAACUCGUAAAAUCACCGAUAAUAUUGCUCUUCAACAAAUUCAAACUAAAUUACCAGCACCAUUACCAUUUGAUGAGAUAUCCAAUAAUCUUGGGCCUCCGCCACGUUCUCCUCUUAACAGCAAAACAUAUUCGCUGAAUGACUCUACUCGAUCAAAUUCGCCCACUCCCACUCACGGAUCAUGUGCAAGAGCCUCAUCUACGAUAAUCCCAAUUUCACCGAAAUCCCCAAAUAGAAUGUCAUUUCCUAUUGAAAAUCCACCAGAAAUAUCUCAUUCAUCUAGAUCUUCAGUUUCCUCGGGACAUAAUUCUUCUAACGAUCAAUCCACACCAGAAUGGCUUACCCCUUUUAAAUCACAUAAUUUGCAUGCACCAUCUAUGGCACGAGCUUCUUUUGGUCUUGUUGAUUCUCCACCGGACUCUGCAGGUGAUAUUAGACAUAUAUCUAUUACUGGUCCAGUUUCGCAAAAGACUAUUGAAUCACAUGAAAAUCUCCAUGUACCAGAUAAAGACACAAAUACUCGUUCUAGCGAGAUUAUAGAUGUACAUUUAGAGAUUCAAUCGGACGCAUCGACGUCAUUUAAAUCUAAUGAUGAAAGAGAUCUCAAAGAAAACGAAGAGGAGAUUAAAAAAGAUGAUGGUGAAAGGACAUUAACAUUUGGACAUGAAGAAGAAGAAAUAUGGGAUCCUUUGAAUUUAAAUGUUGUAUCGUCGGAGAAUACAAAUGAAGCAGGUGAAAAAGUUGUUGCUAUCCAAAUACCAGAUAACAAUAAUCAAUAA